AUGCACCAGCCCUCGGCCAAGGGCAAGUUCUCUCCCAAGGAGCCCUGUCUUAAGAGCCAGACUGCCACCAAGGCCCCCGCUGUUGCCACAAGCCCGCCUGCUGUGAAGGGUCCUCUCGCCAUGGAAAACCAGUUUCGUGUCAAAGGGCAACCCAUCACUGAGGCCCGACCUGCUACCGAGGCCCGAAAACGACCUUCAGACCGCAACGAAGACCAGGCUCACGAGAGGCGCCGUUCCUGA